AUGAAGCAAAUUAAUUACGCAACGGAUAAAGGAGUAGAAAUAGACUCUCCGAUGACAAUUAAAGCAAAGCAUGCACUAAUGAAUAACACCGGAGAAAAGCUAACUCACUCAGGAGACUGGCCAUUACUGCUGAAGGGAAUGGAGGACAUGAACAUUAAGUCUUUGAAGUACACUCCAACUUCUUAUGGAUACUGCCCGCUGGAAAGACCACUGGACAUAUAUCUGGAGUAUGGUGUGAUAAACCUGGACAAGCCAUGCAACCCAUCCUCCCACGAAAUUGUAUCGUGGAUCAAGAGUAUUCUUCGGUGCGAGCGAACUGGUCACUCUGGAACACUUGACCCCAUGGUUUCUGGGUGUCUGCCUGUAUGUCUGAACAAGGCAACGCGUAUAGCCAAGUGCCAGCAGGAUGCAGGAAAAGAAUAUGUGGGAGUGGUCAAAUUUGAUGAAGGAGUAUCAAAAGAGAAAUUUAUAGAGGCCUUAAAUCUUUUUGUUGGGCCAUUAUUGCAGAGACCGCCUGAGCAGUGUGCUGUGAAGAGAAAUCUUAGAAUUAGAAAAGUAAACCAGGUAGAAUAUCUGGACUUUGAUGAAGAGAAGCAGCUGGGGCUAUUCAGAGUAGACUGUGAGGCAGGAACGUACAUAAGAUCAUUAUGUACUCACUUGGGCCUUUAUCUUGGUGUAAAGUCUGAGAUGGUAGACUUAAGAAGAACACGAAGUGGAGCAGUGAGCGAAGACAAUCUAGUUACAAUGCACGAUGUACUCGAUGCAAUGUACUUGCACCAGAAGACAAUGGACCAGUCAUACUUGCGUGCUGUAGUGCAGCCUCUUGAGAGUCUUCUUGUUGGGUAUCCAAGAGUAAUCAUAAAGGAUAGUUGUAUUAACGCUAUCUGCUAUGGUGGACAGCUUACUGCUAAAGGUGUUCUUAGAUACGGCGACUUCAAUCACAAAGACACAAUUGUGCUUGUGUCCCCGAAGGGAGAGGCAGUGGCUCUGGCAGUUGCCCUUGUCACAUCACCGCAGCUGAGUAUGAUGGAGCACGGAGUUGUCUGCAGAACCAAGAGAGUUAUUAUGAAUAAAGACACAUACCAGAGACAGUGGAAGCUUGGGCCACAGGCACACACCAAAGACAGCGAAGAAAACAAGGCAAAUACUGCACCAGAAGUGAACAAGCCGCAGGAAAUGCAAGACAGAGAGACAAAAACUCCUGAAAAGAGAAAGCCCCAGCAAGAAGACAAGUCCUUUCUUAAAAAAAGCAAAAAAGAGUUUUCCUAGUCACACCUGAUCUAUUGCCAC